AUGAUUAUAUUUUAUUUGGCUCUUCUGUACUAUGCUAACACCGAUGCAGAUUCUCAGACGAAAUCGAACCAGAAUUAUCUUUUAAAAAAUCAUGAGUCAUCCAAAAUAUCAAGGAAAAAGGCACGAAAAUAUGAUAAGCAUGGUUUAAGUAAUUUUACAGAUUACUCUUUCGCGUCGAAAACGGAAACCAGUAAUAGCGAAGUGCAUGCAGGGAAGGACGGCAAAAAAGAGGAGAAGGAAAAAAAGAAUGACACGGGAAAAGAUGAUUUGAAGGGGAAACAGGAGGAACAUGCAGUGCCCGAGGGGGGGGUAAAACAAGCGGUGCAGGAAAAAAAUGGCGAGAAAAAACCAUCAAAUGAGGAGAAGAGUAAAAAGGAAAGCAAGGAUGACGCAGAGGAGGACGAUAAUGUGGACGAGGAGGGAGAAGAUGACAGCGAUGGCGAAGACGACGAAGAAGACGGGGAACCCAAAAUAAAUUCCAAAAAAGAAAAAGGAAUUUUAAAGGAAGACAAAAAGGGAGGGGAUAACAAAGAAAAGAAAAAACAAACAAAAGGAGAUUUCGAUGAUGACGAAAAUUCUGAGGAAGACGAAGCAGAUGAUGAAAACGAGGGUGAUGAUGACGACGAAGACGACGAGGAGGAAGAAACAGGAAAGAAACCAUCACAGAAAAAAAAUAUUGGGAAACAACAAAAGGAGAGCAACAAAAAUGGCGAUAAAGGUAAAAAAGAAAUAAAUGCCCACGGAGGCCAUGAGAACAAGCAUGAAGAUCAUCACGGGGCGCCCACUGUGGGGAAGCACCAGGGGGACAACAACGACAAACAACACGGCCAAAAAACGCACAACACCACACAUGAAAAACAACAGAGCGGUAAAGAAGCUAAUAACAACAAUGCUAGUCAUAAUAACCCAGAAGUAAAAACAAACGCGCCAAAUUUAAAUAACAUUGAACAGAAGCAACCUACAAGCCCGCCCCCGUCCAACGUGGCGCAGAAGGUAGUUCCAACUGUAAACGCGUUCGUACCGAAGAAACAGGAUCCAAUUUCCCCCUAUAACAAUAACGUCAAAAUAAACGAAGAUAUACACAUCCCUGAUGACAUUAAAAAAGAUUUUAUGAAACUGCUAAGAAGCGUCGUUCAACUUAACAUUAAGGAAGCCCUCCACCAGGGGAACAAUCAUCACCCACAUGGAGAUCAGCAGAAAAACUCCUCAGGCAUGCCACCAACGUAUAUGAAUGCUCCCCAUGGGAAUGGAACAAAGAACACAUCCUUUUUAAACAAACUGACAGACCAUUUUAAAAAAUAUAUGAUGUACUACUUAGGAGGCCUUGUGGUUUUGUCUGCAUUUGUAUUGGCUAUGCAGUGUUCAGACGUAAGCGACAAAAAGAGAAAGAACCCUGCCAAAAGGGACAGAACUAAAAUUACCAAUUAUAGAAGAGACAUCGAAAGCUGA